AUGCGUGCCCCCAUGGUCGGCGACAAGCGACAACUUGCCUCCGACUUACGAGUCGGGAGGGCUGCCAACCGCCAGUCACGGUCGUGCAAAGUCUGCCGGCUCCGCAAAGUCAAGUGUGAUCGUGUGAAGCCAUGCCAUGCCUGUUGUGCCCAUGGAUACCCCUCGAAAUGCGUGUACGAGGACGUUCCGGAUGAGGAUGCCAGGCCGAUCAGCCAGGCGGAAGAGAUCAGGAACUUGCGGGCGGAGAUCCGGGAGCUAAGAUCGAGAAUUGAUGCCAGGAACGAUGAUCGAGGCUCGAGAUCUCGGGAUUUGCGGCAGCUGGAGCAGCUUGAAGGCUUGUUUGACUCUAUUCGAUCUGCUCCGCUCGACCUUGUGGAGGAGCUUGUUCGUGAGCUUCGCUCUGCUCAUGGAGGUCUUACGAAGGAUUUGGUUCCUGUAGGACCAUGGGAAGGCCGUGAAGCCUAUGACUCUUUUGAACAUCCAUCACGACCGUCUUCAACUUCGCCCGCUCGCAAACGGCUGUUGUUGAAUUCUGCUACCGAGGAUUUCAAUAACUUUGAAGAUGAUAUCGACCAUGACAGAGCGUUUGAGCGAGAAAUGUCGAUUGGCAGUGGCUCGGACUCAUCGGGAGGCUCAUCAGUAUUGAGCUUACAGAGACCAGUGGUUGAUGUGUUUGUCGAGAGAUUCGUUGAUGCAUUUAGCCCCGAGGUGGACAUCAAGUCGGGCCGGGCAGGCGCAUUGCGAGCCGCCGCCGGCAUUCGAAUGUUUUCGCCUCUGAUCAGCGAUGCGUUCGAGGCUGUCUCGGUGGCCUUCUUUGGUCGGUCUGUCCAGAACAAACAAAUCGAGGCCUCUGGGUUCCGACUGUAUCCGCGGGUGCUGCGUGGUCUGCAGGAUGCAUUGAUUGAUCCUGAGAAGUCUAAAGCCGAAUCCACGCUGGUCACUGUGAUUCUGCUACUGGCUUUCGAGAGCGUUGAACGCACGACUGACAGCGGUGUCUCGGCCCACGUUCGGGGUGCGGUGCGCUUGAUUGAGCAUCGUGGACCGGAAAACCAUAUGUACGGCGUGGAACAUCUUUUAUUCACUGAACUUCGUCCUUACUGGAUCGGUGGUGCUCUGGCUGCUCGACAAGAGUCCUUCCUAGCACGAGAAGAGUGGAAGACUAUCCCAUGGUCCGCAGGAACAACCACAAAGGAUAUUUUACACCAUCUGCUCGACCUUGCCGCCCAUGUUCCAGGGUUACUAGAACAAUCCGACUCCUUCAAAGCAGCACAGGCUCGCUCCGUGCUGGGUGCUCACGAAAUCACCGUCAAGCAGACCACCCUGUGGAACGGCAUUGGCGAACUUACAAUGAAGUUCUACCAAUGGUACGAAGACUGGGUUAAGGUCUACCCGGAUGGACCACCUGAAGAAGUCGAGCAAACAGGAGCAGAUGAUUUCCCUAUUUUCCAGCGGCGCGACUUCCGCACUGGGGCUACUUUUACCCCAACCCGAUUUACAUACCCGAACCUCCUUCUCGCACAAACCAUGUGCCUCUACUACAGCUUCCGACUGAUCCUCUCGUCGGUCGAUACCCGUCCCCAGGACCGCGUCACACCCCUGGAACAAUACGACCUCGGAUGUGGAAUUGCCCGUACGCUGGAGUUCUAUAUCACGACAGCGCCUGGCAACAUGAUUAACCGCCUUGCAUUCCCCACUCGCGUAGCAUGGGAAGCCUUCCCCGAAGGAGGGCCGGAGCGCCGGUGGAUGGUGGAGUUGUUGCAUUUGGUAGCACGGCGACACUCCCUGGGGCUUUGGGGCAGUGCCAUGCCUGAGUUAUCCACUCAGCAAGAUUCGCCCUUGAAUUCAGGUAGCCCUUAG